GGCGUAAGUUGAUACAGCAGGGACUGGUAUAAAAGCUUUAGAUUUCAUACUCACAGUUGUCUGAGUAAGAAGAGAAGGCACCAAUGGAUCUGGUUGCGGUGCUGGUGCUCUGUCUCUCCUGUCUGCUUCUCCUCUCACUCUGGAAACAGAGCUCUGGAGAAGGGAAGCUCCCGCCUGGCCCCACUCCUCUCCCAAUUCUUGGAAAUAUCCUACAGCUAGAUGUUAGGAACAUUGGCAGAUCCUUAACCGAGCUCUCAAAAGUCUAUGGCCCUGUGUUCACUCUGUAUUUUGGAAUGAAGCCUACGGUGGUGUUGUGUGGAUAUGAAGCAGUGAAGGAAGCUCUGAUUGAUCUUGGAGAGGAGUUUUCUAGAAGAGGCAGUAUCCCACUGCUUGAAAGAGCUGCUAAGGGACUUGGAAUCGUGUUCAGCAAUGGGAAAAUAUGGAAGGAGACCCGGCGCUUCUCCCUGAUGACCCUGCGGAAUUUCGGGAUGGGGAAGAGGAGCAUUGAGGACCGCGUUCAAGAGGAAGCUCGCUGCCUUGUGGAGGAGUUGAGAAAAACCAACGCCUCACCGUGUGAUCCUACUUUCAUCCUGGGCUGUGCUCCCUGCAAUGUGAUCUGCUCCAUUAUUUUCCAGAACCGUUUUGAUUAUAACAAUCAGAUAUUUCUAAAUCUAAUGAAAACACUGAAUGAAAACCUCAAGAUUCUGGGCUCUCCAUGGCUGCAGGUCUGCAAUACUUUCCCUGCUCUCCUUGAUUUUUUCCCAGGGAGUUAUACCAAAUUCCUUAAAAAUGUUGCUUAUAUAAAAAAUUAUGUUUUGGAGCAAGCAAAGGAACACCAAGCAUCUCUGGACAUUAACAAUCCUCGGGAUUUUAUUGAUUGUUUCCUGAUCAAAAUGGAGCAGGAAAAGCACAAUCCACAAUCAGAGUAUACAUUUGAAAACCUGACAGCCACUACAUCUGAUUUGUUUGGAGCUGGGACAGAGACAACAAGCACCACGCUGAGAUAUGGGCUCCUCCUCCUGCUGAAGCACCCAGAGGUCACAGCUAAGAUCCAGGAAGAGAUUGACCGUGCGAUUGGCAGACACCGGAGCCCCUGUAUGCAGGACAAGACCCGUAUGCCCUACAUGGAUGCUGUGGUCCACGAGAUCCAGAGAUACAUUAACCUGGCCCCCACCAGCAUACCUCAUGCUGUGACCCAUGACAUUAAAUUCAGAAAUUACCUUAUUCCCAAGGGCACAAGUAUAUUAACAUCGCUGACGUCUGUGCUGUAUGAUAACAAAGAAUUCCCCAACCCAGAGGUGUUUGACCCUGGCCACUUCCUGGAUGACAGUGGCAACUUUAAAAAGAGUGACUACUUCAUGGCUUUCUCAGCUGGAAAACGGGUUUGUGUAGGAGAGGGCCUGGCCCGCAUGGAGCUGUUUUUAUUCCUGACCACAAUUUUACAAAAAUUUACCUUGAAAUCUGUGGUUGACCUGAAGGACAUCGACACCACCCCAGCUGUUACUGGGUUAGCUACUCUGCCGCCUUCUUACAAGAUCUGCUUCAUUCCUGUGUGAGGAAUGUUAGAUCAUGUGGCUUCUUCAGUGAUGUUGUCUUCAACUCCCUCUCAUCUGGGGCAUUGUUCACCUGUGUCCUGUUAAUCUUUCCUGAGAUACCUUGUCUGACCUCUCAUUCACUGUGCAAUUUCACUGCAGAAAUGUAUCUCCUAUUCUCCAUAUUCUGUAACAUUUGUAUUGGCCAUCACAUAUGCUAAUACUUAUCUAAUAUUGAGUAGUACUAUGUACACAGUAUCAUGUACUCAAUACAAAGUAGAGCAAGAUGAGUAGUGUACUCCAAUGCAGAGCUAUUUCUCCUGUGGACGCUCCUAAUAAAAUGCAGAAUUUGAUGA